UGAUCGCUACGCCCGGGUCAUCGGAUCGCGCGUAUCUUACGGUAGGAGGAGCUGGCGGGAUUGUCGUAGAGGCGCAGAGAAUAUUGCUUUUGUAUAAGGAUUUUCUGAGUGGUUGCACCUGAGGUGAACCAGUUACAUUUCACAGUUACCUUAGCUGAUCGUGCCGUUGUAGAUUUCAAGGGAAGACAUUUAGUUGUCAAUUUCAUUUUUGCGCCCGACUGUGUAAGCAAGCGGUUCAAGUCCACCAGUGAUAUAUAUAGCUGCAAAUAAAGAAGACGUUGACUUUCGCGACCAUGGAGAAUGGCACCAAAGAAAAAGAUGAGCUAGGGGCUGCCUACCUUCAGGAAACAUUUGAUGUUGGUGGUACUGCGGACGAGUAUGGGAAAGCAGGUGAAGACAAAGCUGUAAAAACUCCUUUAGUGAAACAUGCUCCAGAAAAAGAAAAAGGAAAGAAGGGAAAGAAGGGUAAAGAAAAGGACAAAGACAAGCUUGAUGAUCUCAAACAAGAACUGGAAAUGGAUGAGCACAAGAUAGCACUUGAUGAUCUUGAAGCCAUGUUUGGCACUGAUCUGCAAAAGGGUCACACUCAGCAGAAGGCUGAUGAAAUCUUUGAGCGGGAUGGACCCAAUGCUCUGACUCCACCACCAACAACCCCUGAAUGGGUGAAAUUCUGCAAACAGCUGUUCAGUGGCUUUGCCAUGCUGCUAUGGAUUGGUGCUAUUCUAUGUUUUAUUACUUUUGCAAUCAAAGCAUCCACAAUGGAGGAACCUGAUAAAGAUGAUCUUUACCUUGGAAUAGUUCUUGCCACAGUGGUUAUCAUAACUGGAUGUUUCUCCUAUUAUCAGGAAGCCAAGAGUUCUAAGAUUAUGGAGAGUUUCAAGAAAAUGGUACCACAGGAAGCUACUGUCCUCAGAAAUGGGGAGAAACAAAACAUAAAUGCAGAAAAACUUGUGCUGGGAGAUGUUAUAUUUGUGAAGUUUGGAGACAGAGUGCCUGCAGAUAUCCGUAUACUUGAAGCACGUGGUUUCAAGGUCGACAACUCAUCUCUCACUGGUGAAUCAGAGCCCCAAGCCCGCACUCCAGAAUUCUCCCAUGACAAUCCUUUGGAGACAAGGAAUUUGGCAUUUUUUUCAACAAAUGCAGUUGAAGGAACCUGUACUGGUGUUGUUGUUCAAACAGGCGACAACACUGUCAUGGGACGCAUCGCCAACUUAGCCAGUGGAUUAGGGUCAGGGAAGACACCCAUUGCCUUGGAAAUUGAACAUUUCAUUCACAUUAUCACGGGAGUUGCUGUAACUCUUGGAGUAACAUUCUUCAUUCUUUCACUAAUCCUUGGAUACCACUGGCUCACUGCCUGCAUCUUUUUAAUUGGGAUUAUUGUUGCCAACGUGCCCGAGGGACUUCUUGCCACCGUUACAGUUUGUCUAACUCUCACUGCUAAACGCAUGGCAGCCAAAAACUGCUUGGUGAAGAACUUAGAGUCAGUGGAAACUCUGGGAAGUACAUCCACCAUUUGCUCAGACAAGACAGGAACUUUGACACAAAACAGAAUGACUGUGGCUCACAUGUGGUUUGACAACAAAAUCUUUGAAGCUGAUACAACGGAAGACCAGUCAGGAACUCCAAUGGAAAAGACAGAAACCUGGUCUGCUCUCUCUAAAGUGGCAGGUUUAUGCAAUCGUGCUGAAUUUAAGGCAGAUCAAGGCGGUGUACCCAUACUCAAAAGAGAGACAAAUGGAGAUGCCUCAGAAUCUGCUUUACUGAAAUGCAUCGAACUACAAGUAGGAAAUGUGGUUAAAAUGCGCGAGAACAACAAAAAGGUAGCAGAAAUUCCAUUCAACUCCACCAACAAAUACCAAGUGUCCAUUCACGAACAGGAAGGAAAUGAGGAUCCUCGCUAUCUUCUGGUGAUGAAGGGUGCUCCAGAGAGAAUUUUAGAUCGCUGUUCCACAAUUCUUCUAAACGGAAAAGAAGAGCCAUUAGACGAGGCCUUGAAAGAAGCCUUUGAGAGAGCGUACUUGGAAUUGGGUGGAAUGGGAGAGCGUGUGUUGGGUUUUUGCCACUUUUACCUGGAUGCUGAAAAAUUUCCACGAGGAUUUGGGUUUGUAUGCGAUGAGCCCCCCAAUUUUCCUCUGGAAGACUUGUGCUUUGUUGGCUUAAUGUCCAUGAUUGAUCCUCCUCGUGCUGCUGUUCCUGAUGCGGUCAGCAAAUGCCGCAGUGCAGGAAUCAAAGUCAUCAUGGUUACAGGUGAUCAUCCAAUCACAGCCAAGGCCAUCGCAAGAGGCGUAGGAAUCAUAUCUGAAGAGACAGAAACUGUGGAGGACAUAGCCGAGAGGCUGGGUGUCCCAGUGGCUGAUGUGAAUCCGCGUGAUGCAAAGGCCAUCGUUGUACACGGAGGACAGCUUAAGGAUGUCUCAAGUGAACAGCUAGAUGAUAUCUUGAAGAACCACACAGAAAUUGUAUUUGCCAGGACCUCUCCACAGCAGAAACUGAUCAUUGUAGAAGGCUGCCAGCGACAGGGAUCCAUUGUCGCUGUGACAGGAGAUGGUGUCAAUGAUUCUCCAGCUUUGAAGAAAGCUGACAUAGGUAGUUUUCUACAUGAAAAAAACUUCCUAGUUUUUGAGUUCUUUAAAGUUGUCGCUCAGAUGACUUCCAUAGAGACUUACUUGUAAGAAUUUGGUCGUUUGAUCUUUGACAACUUGAAGAAGUCCAUCGCUUACACAUUGACCAGUAACAUCCCCGAGAUCACUCCUUUCUUGAUGUUCAUCAUAAUCGGCAUUCCUCAACCUCUGGGCAUCAUUACAAUCCUUUGUAUUGACCUGGGUACUGACAUGGUUCCUGCCAUUUCUUUGGCGUACGAGAAAGCAGAGAGUGAUAUCAUGAAGAGGAAACCUAGAGAUCCCUUACAUGAUAAACUUGUUAAUGAAAGGCUAAUUGCCAUGACUUAUGGACAAAUAGGUUUCAUUCAGGCUUUGGGUGGCUUCUUCACUUAUUUCGUCAUUAUGACUGAAAAUGGUUUCUUUCCAACUCGUCUGUUUGGUAUUCGAGCAGAAUGGGAAGACAGGGACAAUCAAAGCGUACCUGACAGCUAUGGACAGGAAUGGACGUACAGCCAGAGGAAGAUUUUGGAGUACACGUGUCACACAGCUUUCUUUGUGAGCAUUGUAGUGGUACAGUGGGCUGAUCUGAUCAUCUGUAAAACUCGAAAGAAUUCCAUUCUUAAGCAGAAAAUGACUAACAACGCCCUAAACUUUGGCCUGGUCUUUGAAACUGCUCUCGCUGUACUGCUGUGCUACACACCUGGUCUAUCUACUGGUCUGCGGAUGUACCCAUUACUCGCUCAAUGGUGGUUUCCAGCCAUUCCUUUCAGCCUUUUGAUCUUUGUGUACGAUGAGUGUCGUAGAUACAUCAUCCGAAGACAUCCGGGAUGUUGGCUGGAACAAGAAACUUACUACUGAUCGAAACUAAAGCGAGUGUGAUGCUGUCUUGCGGAUGGACAGGGUUCGAAUUGCAUCAUUUUGAAGGCGGAUUGGAUCACGAAAGACUGAUUGUUAAAUGCCUAUUGCGCUUAUGAAUGUUUCAGAGUGAAUUUAUCUGCCUUGAAUAUUACAAAGGCACGUUGCCAUGAUUUUAUUACUACCAAACGCGUGUAGCCGUUUUUCAUUUACCCGAACAAAUUUUGAUAGUUCAAGGAUUUUUCGUCCUUUCCCUCCUCGUAAAUUGAAUGAAAUUGAAAAUAUUGAUGAGUUGAACAUUUCUUUUAACUCGAAACGAGGUUUGUGCCUUUCGAAGGGAAAAGAUAUUUUUGACAAUCCACACUGAUAAUUACUUACUCAUUCCGUACAGAAUUAGUUAUAACGUACAUGAGCAAUUAAAAUGAGCAUUUUUAAAUGUU